CAGCUUCCGUGGCAGGACCGGCGAGGGCCAUGUCGUUGAUUUUCCUCUUGGUUGGGGUGCUGCUGCUAAAUGGCGUGGACCAAGUCCGCAGCAAAGCCAUCCACACGUUUGCUGGCCCGUUCAUCGCCUUCGCCCACACCAUCGACCCGUGUCCAUCGGACGGAAUAGCGGAGGUGUUCAUUCGCCCCAGCCACUUCAACCCAAUCAGACCCUUUGAAAAGCAGACGCUUCAAGGCUACAUGAGAUCAAGUUAUAAUGUGUCAGACGACCUUUUGGCGCAUGUGGACAUGGCCAUCCGAUCCAACAACCAGUGGAAAGACAAUGCGUUUGUCUUCAACUUCCCCAACUCUGGGUGUACUGCUUUACGUGAGCAUCUGCCAGACAUGUACCGCAUCGUGGCAAAGUACACCGGAGCACCCUUGGACAAGAAAAAACCUUGCAUAAUACCUGGUGGAUACUUCGACUUCAAGAACGAGACAAUAAGCUGGACGUUUCCUCACUUCCCCGUGAUGCCCUACGGCCGCUACAAGUUCCGAAUAUCAGCGCGCCACAUGAGCGUGGUCAAGACCACGACCGUUCCGCAUUUCUGCGUGUACGCCGACUGUGAAAUCAUCCCUAAGCCUACUGUAGAUCCAUAA